UACGCUCCCAGCCGCCUGCGCCCGCUGCCAGACAGAGGCAGGGAUGGCGAGCCGCGGAGCCGGGGUGGUGACGAGAACAGCAGUUCCGCCAUUGGACGAGGAAGCCUGAGGGACGGGCCAGCGUGGUGAACAAGGAGAGACCAAGGCGGGUGGCCCCGAGAGAGCCAGAGCAAUGGAGGCCAACAUACCGAAGCGGAAGGAGCCUGGCAAGUCCCUGCGUAUCAAAGUCAUCUCCAUGGGCAACGCCGAAGUGGGAAAAAGCUGUAUUAUAAAGCGAUACUGUGAGAAAAGAUUUGUGUCUAAAUACCUUGCAACAAUUGGAAUUGACUAUGGAGUCACAAAGGUACAAGUCAGAGACAGAGAAAUCAAAGUUAACAUCUUCGAUAUGGCUGGACAUCCCUUCUUCUACGAGGUUCGUAAUGAGUUUUACAAGGACACACAGGGUGUGAUACUGGUCUAUGAUGUUGGGCAGAAAGAUUCCUUUGAUGCCCUUGAUGCAUGGCUGGCAGAAAUGAAGCAAGAUCUUGGACCUCAUGGAAACAUGGAAAAUAUUGUAUUUGCAGUGUGUGCCAACAAGGUAACUGCGUUGGAAAUGAUCGACUGUGCUAAGCACCGCUGUGUUGAUGAAAGUGAAGGACGUCUUUGGGCUGAAAGCAAAGGGUUCCUGUACUUCGAAACUUCGGCUCAAACUGGAGAAGGAAUCAGUGAGAUGUUCCAGACAUUUUAUGUAUCCAUAGUUGAUUUAUGUGAAAACGGCGGGAAACGUCCUAUCACAAAUAGCAGUGCUAGUUUCACCAAAGAACAAGCAGACACCAUUCGCAGAAUUCGAAAUAGUAAAGAUAGUUGGGACAUGUUAGGAGUCAAACCUGGGGCCUCAAGAGAUGAAGUCAAUAAAGCAUAUCGGAAACUUGCUGUGCUGCUUCACCCUGACAAGUGUGUAGCACCUGGUAGUGAAGAUGCCUUCAAAGCCGUUGUGAAUGCCCGAACAGCCCUCCUGAAAAACAUCAAAUAGAAAGUAGAAAAAAAGACAAGUGUGGGCCUCAAGUCCAAACAGACUUUCCCUAGAGGUAAAAUAGCCAACAUGGGUUUUUCCUCCACAAAAUCUUACAGCUCUUUUCACUCAUGUGCUGUCAUUUGUAAAUCAGUAAUUCGGGUGCCUGUUACCAUGCCAUAGACCUUUUGCAGAGAGAUGAAGUGAAGAGAACCAAGCGCCACUUAUACACUGCCAUUCAUUUCCUACUUCUGAAUGAUGUAAGAUUCUUUUCUCAUGAGUUUGUUAGCUCUGUCAGUGUAGUAUCCCUUAGGCACUUUGCUCAGGAAAGUCCAUGAGGUUUCUGGAAAGAGGAUAGGAGGAUCCUUUCACUUUUUCUUUAAAAAAAUUCACUAUCAGAGAAGAAAACAAAAAUGGAAGCAGACAUAGCAGAAUCCUUGAAAGUGUGGUGACCUCGCAAGCAAGUUGCCCCUUUUACAGUGAGUUUCUUAGGUAGUAUUUUAAGCAUCAAUCUAUAGUUAAUGAACUCUUGGCAGCCCUUUGGAAGUGAAACGAGGUGAUACAAUUCUGAACUGAGCAGCCCUUUUGUGACGUUCACUCUGUUCCCCUUCUCCAGCCACAGGGGGAGAGACCAGCCAGUCCUAAGAGAGCAAAGACAGUGACGGCGGCCACAAGUUCUGGUACACUGGCUGCUGCUAGUCCUGCCCCUGAGGCCUCUCCCUGGCCGUGGAAGUGGGUGCUGGUAGCCGUAGGGAGCAUCAUCGCCUAGGAAUCAGCAGUCAGACUCCAAGACAGUAGUGCCUGCAGGUCACACUAGAUUGAGCACACAUGCCCAGAGGGCACGGCCGGCCUGGCUCGGGCAUGUUUGAUGCCCUAGGAGAGCCUCCAUAUGAGGCUUAUGCCUUCUUUGUUUCUGCAUCACUUUCUGCAUCACAGCAGGUGGGAAAGGCUGGGGUGCCGGGCCUCCUCGUCACUUCCUCAUCAGUGUUAGUUCCCUCUUUCUUCCCUCUUCUUUUCCUGUCCACGUCUGCCGCCAUUUCUCUCUUCUUGAGUCCCUGCCUUCCGGCUAUUGACUCCUCCAUCCUCCUGUGCAGCCUUCACCUGGGCCUGGUUGACCAGAGACAAGUAUGGAUCCUUUGGGUGGUGGACAGAGAGAUCUUAAGGCCUGUGUGGGAAGAAUCUCUGUUACUUUUGCUUGGGUUACAAAUUUCUGAUUAGUAAUAUUUUUAAGCUACAGAUUAUGAAAAUUAAUUUCACAUAGAGAAAUACAUUCUCUUGCCAUAGUAUCUUCCUCAGUAUCCAAGGGAUGGAUGAAGACCAAGUGUGAGGACCGGCCUUUCUUCCAGAGCUUACAGAACCAGUGUCACUGUGUGGCUCGUUACACCAUCACUCUCAUGUUACUCAGAUUUUUAGCUGUGACCAGGCUGCACUAAUUGGGGCUUUAAAGUAUAUAAAACAUUACUGUCUGUGAAUUUUAAACAGCUAUCCCAUAUUGAUCGCCAAGGAGCAUUCACCUUACCACCGGAGAAGAAAAACCACUUUCGUUUAAUUAAAGCACACUGCAGUCUUCUGGACUCUUCCCUUCUCCAAAGCAGCUUUGCUUUGUGUGGCUGCCCUUGAGCUGCAUUGAGCUGGUUGUCAGGAAACCAGAGCAUUGUUUUCUAGUAUGAAUUUUCAUCUUGGUGAUAUUGAAAAUGCUUUUUUUUUCUAUAAAUUGAGAUACGAGUAUGAUUUCUUGUGGGAUUUUCCUCUGGCCUUUUAAUUUUAACUAGCUCUGGGCCUGUAGAACUCCAGCCCAAAGUUCUUCGGGGCCUAAAUUUUGCUUAAGGCCUUCAUCAUGCCUAAAGUAAUUAAACAUAGAUCUGUUCUUACAGCAGGACUUAGGAGGGUCAUAUUUAUGAGGGACUGUGCAUGGUGGUAUCAGCCCAAAUUGACAUGACAGGUCACUGAGUAUGUGGCCCUGGGUAAAAACUGGUGCCAGUUUUCAUUGUUGUUAUUAAACACUAGAUUGGUCACCUUAUUCAACUACAUGGUGCAGAUGAGCAGUUAUAGCAGAGAGAGAUCUUUAGUGCUUCCAUUCAUAUCCUUAUAUAAUGAGUGACUUGUUGAAAUUUAGCCUGAUCUUGAUUCGUAGGUCUUGAGGCUCAGUUCCCAACACCUUGAUUAUUCAUGUUAAGGAUGGCCAUGUACUACUUCAUUUAUGUAAAAGAAAGUUAAGCUUCAGGGUCCUAGAAUUUUUCUGAUUUCCAUAAUCCUUGAGUAGAAUAUCAAGAAGUAAUGAUGCCUGAUCUGCAAUGAAAAGUAACUUCAUACAAAAUUUUACAGACCUCUGCAUUAAUUUAAAUUCUUGGUGCAAAUAUGUACUUUGUAGUUCAACCUUAUUAAAAUUCUUCAGCCAGUUAGGAUUGCACAAUACAUCAGUGAGAGUAAUAACUAGCAGAAUAAUUUCAAUGGCUAAAAAAAUUUUUAUAGAAAGUCAUGUUUUUCAAAAAAAGAAUAAAAAGUUCGAACAGCUAUUAUUCAAGAAAAGCCAUUUCUUCUGCAUCUGA